ACGUUCACCGCUGGACAGAAUCCGGGAUAUGAGCUACACCGAACCGCUGUGGGAGAUCAAUGGAAAUCAAGCACCAGUGAUUACAGCGGAUAUGUCGCAAUAUGUUAACGGUGAACUAGGAAGCUAUCCUAUGUGGGACAGUUCCGUUUUAUAUCAGGCACCACCUCCUUCUCAUACUCAUGUAAACGAACAUGGACUGUACAGGCAACCUUGUGCAUUACUACAUCAAAGUCGGUACACACCUAAUGGUAGAUCUCCCAAUCUUCCAUCAUCCACCACGAAGAAACCAAGACGUCGAGUAGCGACUGUCUCACAGAGAAGAGCCGCGAAUAUUCGUGAGAGGCGUAGAAUGUUUAAUCUUAAUGAAGCUUUUGACAAACUGCGUAGAAAAGUUCCAACAUUCGCGUAUGAAAAACGACUCUCGAGGAUCGAGACACUGCGUCUAGCAAUUACUUACAUCGCAUUCAUGGGAGAAUUGCUUGGAAUCGAGCCGAGUAGCCCAAAGCCGGAAUACAUCCCAAGGGAAUAUUAUUUGCCCAAUUAAAUCUUCAAAAAGAAUCUGAAGAAGAAUUUGAUCAACAGUCAGUUUCUCUUUUUUACAGAUGUUCGUCCAAAAAAAGAAUCGAGAUGUCUACCGAAGUAUAUAUAUCUUCUGAAGCAAUCUUCAAGGCAGUAACGAAAGUGCCGAUUCCGG